AUGACGGACAAGCUCAGCGACGCACACUUCGAUGCUACCGCAGCAGCUCUCGACCACAUCACCAACCAAGCUGCCACUCCCGAAGACCCUAAGAAUACUCUACACAGCCCUUCCAACCACCAAAAGUCGCACUCAUGGCUCAAGCGCAUCUUCCCCUACGAUAGUCUCGAGGCAAUGGAGUCGGCCUGGCACAUGGGAAACUACGUCAUGGACCGCAAGACUGGCGAAAAGUCCUUUGAGCCCAUGAGCAUCUAUGUGCGUGUGGGUAUGCAUGCUCUGUACUAUGGAUCCGAGCAAGAGAAAGCCCUGCACUGGAAACGCACGAUCAAGCUUCUGGAAGACCAGAGCAAGAAGAUGGGAAAGCAAUAUGAUGACCCGGCCAGUGUCGACCACAUUGUUCCUUUCAUCGAGAGCUUCGACUUGCAGGAGAGCAUGUCUGAGAUGAAGGAGCCAAACCCUGCCAAGUACAAGAACUUCAACGAGUUCUUCUCGAGAGAGAUUCGCGAGGAUGCUAGACCAAUCGACGAGCCAGGCAAUGAUCUCGUCGUCUCCUCCCCUGCAGAUUGCCGUCUGACAGCUUUCCCCACCGUCGACCUCGCCACAAAGUACUGGAUCAAAGGCUUCGGCUUCACCAUCGAGAAACUCCUCAACUCAGCCCAACUCGCAUCCACCUUCAACAACGGUUCUAUCGUAAUCGCUCGUCUCGCGCCUCAAGACUACCACCGCUGGCACUCUCCCGUCUCCGGUAUGAUCGAGAGCAUCACCGAGAUUCCUGGUGCAUACUACACCGUAAACCCGCAAGCCAUCAACGAAGCAGGCACGCUAGAUGUGUUCUGUGAAAACAGACGCAGUGUCAUGAUUGUGAAGCGCGCUGGCACUAACUCAAGGGUUGCUAUUAUCGCUGUGGGUGCCAUGUUGGUUGGCAGCAUCAAAUACAACCCUGGCAUUGAUGUUGGUAGAGAAAUCAGAAGGGGAGAGUGUUUGGGCGCUUUCCAGUAUGGCGGCAGUACAGUCAUCAAUCUUUACCAGGAAGGAGACGUUACCUUGGAUGAGGAUUUGGUUCGUAACUCUACAAAGGAGGUUUGUGAGACUCUUGUCAAGGUUGGCUGGAGAGUUGGCGCUGGACCUGGUGCUUCUGCUUAG